AUGGUGGCCCCAAUACAAGCACAGCAACUUCAGCACAAAUUGCCAGUGAUUGCAAUGGAAGAAGGUGGUCCAUGUUACAUUGAUGGGAUGAUGAGUGCACCCCAUCCGUCACUCCAUGCCUCACCCCUUCCUUCUCCAUCUCCGGUUUCAUCUCCUCUUCCAUACCGAAGUCUCCACGUAUCACAAACAUCAGUGACUUCACUUGAUCCAAAUGCACUUUGUGAUCCGAUUGCCUCAUCGGCCUCAUCCACUCCGAAAUCAACUCCAUCAAAAAGUGUCCGUUUCUCCUUCACUUCACCCACCAUCAUUCCCAUCCAAUGUGAUGAUCCAUCAAAUGGACCCAGAUGGGCCACCCAUUCCUCUUGCAAGAAGCCGAAUCACCGCUGCGCCCGUCUCUCUUCUCUUUUUCUUCUCUGUUUCACUUUUCUUGGAUGUUCAAAUAUUUGUAUCCAAUUGAUCUCAAAGAUCUCCAUUUCCGUGUCUUGUUGCCCUUCUGAUGAAACGGGU